CAGCCCCGCUGCCUCUCUAGAAAGUUCUCGGUUCCUCCCUCUCCGCUCUCCUCCCCUUCCUCCUCCCCGCCGCUCGGGGGUUGGCGCUGCAGCGCGGGCAGGAGCCGCGCGGUUGCUCGCCCCCGCUGCUCGGAGCCGGAGGCGCAGCGAGGCGCUCCUGGCAGCCCGGCGGGAGGCUGGUGUUGACCCCGACCCUGCUAGGCGGCCCUUCCCUGCGCAGCGGUGGCAGCGGCAGACGGGAUGACGGCGGAGGAGAUGAAAGCGGACGGGGCUCCCUUGAAAGGGGCGGACAUCACCCCCAAGCAGGAUGAGGGCGUCCUCAAGGUUGUCAAGAGAGAAGGCAGUGGCACAGAGUCUCCGAUGAUAGGUGAUAAAGUGACCGUUCAUUACACAGGAUGGCUUCUUGAUGGCACAAAAUUUGACUCCAGUCUAGACAGGAGAGACAAAUUUUCAUUUGACUUGGGCAAAGGUGAGGUGAUCAAAGCAUGGGACAUUGCUGUCGCAACUAUGACAGUUGGUGAAAUUUGUCGGAUUACAUGUAAACCAGAAUAUGCCUAUGGUUCAGCUGGGAGCCCCCCAAAGAUACCUCCCAAUGCUACACUGAUUUUUGAGAUAGAACUUUUUGAGUUCAAGGGAGAGGAUCUCACUGAUGAUGAAGAUGGUGGCAUCAUCCGAAGAAUUCGUAAAAAAGGGGAAGGCUACUCCAAGCCCAAUGAGGGUGCGCUUGUGGAGAUCCAGUUCGAAGGCCGAUAUGGAGAUCGUGUUUUUGACAGGCGGGAAUUGCGGUUUGAGAUUGGAGAAGGUGACCACUAUGAUCUUCCUCAUGGUCUGGAGAAAGCUAUUCAAAAAAUGGAGAAAUCAGAGGAAUCUGUGUUCUAUCUCAAACCCAGCUAUGGUUUUGGAAGUGCUGGGAAGGAGAAAUUUCAGAUCCCUCCAGAUGCAGAACUACAGUAUGAAGUGAAACUCAAAAGCUUUGAAAAGGCUAAGGAGUCUUGGGAAAUGAACACAGAUGAGAAGCUGGAACAAAGCUGCAUUGUGAAGGAGAGAGGCACUCACUACUUCAAGGAGGGGAAAUACAAGCGAGCAGCCUUACAAUAUAAAAAGAUUGUGUCAUGGCUGGAGCAUGAAUCGGGACUCUCCGAUGAGGAAGAUACAAAAGCCAAAAGCUUGAGGCUUGCUGCCCACCUUAAUCUAGCUAUGUGCCAUCUCAAGCUGAAGGAAUAUUCCCAGGCUUUGGAGAACUGCAACAAGGCACUCGAAUUGGAUAGCAACAAUGAAAAAGGCCUCUUCCGGCGUGGAGAAGCGCACUUGGCUGUCAAUGACUUUGAAUUGGCGCGGGGAGAUUUCCAGAAAGUGAUACAACUUUAUCCAAGUAACAAAGCUGCCAAAGUGCAACUGGUAACUUGUCAGCAAAAAAUACGGGAGCAACAUGAGAAAGAGAAAAAGAUGUAUGCCAACAUGUUCCAAAGGCUUGCAGACAAAGACUUAAAGUCAGCUGCUACUCUUCAAACCAGCCACACCGAAGAUGCAGAAAUGAAAGAUGAGCAGAAUGGAGUUGGAGAUGAAUCGGAAGUUGACACAGAAGCAUAAAAACCCUAUUCCAUUAGUUUUGUAAAUGAAAAUUUCCAGUGAAUUAGACCUUUAUUUUUCUACCUGGUUGGACAGUGGCUUCAGGGGGGCAGAGGCUGAAGCCACCAUCCCACAGUUGGUUACAGCUUUAUAUGUCUGAAGCUGAGUGGCAGCAUAAAUCUGGUUUAAUCCUAGGGACUAUUUAUUCAUUUGGACUCUGUUACUGGUUGGGUUCUGCCUGGAUUUAUUCUACGUGGUUUAUUUGCAUUUUGCCAUUGGUGUUUGUCCUCUCGUUCCAGCUCACUUUAGUCCCAGGUUCUGCUUCCUAAAUUUAGUUCCUUGAUUUCUUUCAAGUAAUUGGCCUUGCCCCAGGAGUCCUUACAUGAGACUUGAGAACAAAUUGGUACUCCCAGUUCUGCUUUGGGAUUGCCCUGUUCCCCACCCUGUUCAGUAGGGAGUCCCUUCCAUUAAGCGUUGUAACCUUUCUUGUAUGCCUGCUCUUUGCAAAUUGCUGAAGGUGAAGACUGUGAAGUCACAGCUUAAGUAAUAAAGCUCCAGUUAGCCCACAAAAA